CAUUUCUUUUUAUUUUUGUUCUGAACAAUGGGUUUCCAAAAGUGUUCUGAAAAAUCGGUCAAGAAUUAUGCAGUUCUUCUCGAAUCAGAAAAUUUAAACAUUGUACGUUGCGCAGUUAAAUGGUUGCUGGAAUCAGAUGUAUCACUGGAGUUGUUGAUUAAGUACGAUAUUGGAAAUUUAGUAGAAAAGAAAUUUCUGAUCACUGAUAAACUGGCCCGAAAUUUGAUUUUAAAAAUUAGAAAUUUAGAGGAAGAAGAGUUUGGAGACAACGAUAUUGAGAUGUUCAUUACCCCAAAUUCCAGUUUGAAACAUAAUUCAUCGCCUGAAAGCUUGAACAACAGUGACUUCAGUUUUAGAUUAACUAAUCUUUCUCCUAUUGAAAAAUCGGAUAUCAACCCAUCACGAAAAAGUAAAAAAUCAAGGGGUCCAGUGAGAAAUUUGAAGAUGCAAAUUAUGGAAGAACACAUUCGAUCUGAGUGAUUUCUUGUUACUGUUUCAUUUUUUUAAUGUUUUGGUUUCGGUUUUAAAUACUCAUAAUUUUAACAUUUCUCUUCUCGUAUAAAUUUUUUCAAUCUGACUCAUGUUGCACUACCAAUUUAAUCAGCUGCACUUGACCUCUAAUCACUUUUCGAUUUCACCUUAUAUCCCAAUCCGAAAUCAUAAUCAAAACCACCUGCUUUGCACUUUGUCACGCAAGUUUUGUAGCGAAUUACACAAAACCAAUCAAGUAUGUUUAUAUGUGUAAAUGUUGAAAAAUCGGUUCGCGUAUAGUUGUCGACCAGUGAUUGAAUGAAGUCUCCAAACAAUGAA